ACGAUCGGGCAAGGUUCAUUUGAGUUUCAUCUGCGAGGAGAAAUAGAUCAGUGCCACUGUUUAACCGAAAGUAAUGAAGCUGAACAAACUGAACCCACGGUGGGAUGCUUACGAUCGACGGGAUUCGUUCUGGUUGCAGUUGCUUUGUUUGAAAUAUUUAGGCCUAUGGCCACCGGAAGAUACGGAUCAGGCAACGCGGAACCGGUACAUUGCGUAUGGUUGGGCUUUGCGGAUCGUGUUUCUACAUCUGUACGCUCUAACGCAAGCCCUAUACUUCAAGGAUGUGAAGGAUAUUAAUGACAUCGCAAAUGCAUUGUUCGUGCUUAUGACUCAAGUGACGUUGAUCUACAAGCUGGAAAAGUUUAACUACAACAUCGCACGGAUUCAGGCUUGUCUGCGCAAGCUUAACUGCACACUGUAUCACCCGAAACAGCGCGAAGAAUACCGCCCCGUUUUACGAUCGAUGAGUGGAGUGUUUUGGCUGAUGAUCUUUCUCAUGUUUGUGGCCAUCUUCACUAUCAUCAUGUGGGUUAUGUCGCCAGCCUUCGACAAUGAACGUCGUCUACCCGUGCCGGCCUGGUUCCCGGUGGACUAUCACCGUUCGAAUAUCGUGUACGGUGUACUGUUCCUGUAUCAAACCAUUGGAAUCGUCAUGAGCGCAACGUACAACUUCUCGACCGAUACCAUGUUUUCCGGCUUGAUGCUACACAUAAAUGGACAAAUUGUGCGGCUUGGUAGUAUGGUUAAAAAGCUUGGACAUGACGUCCCUCCCGAACGCCAAUUGGUCGCAACGGAUGCGGAAUGGAAAGAGAUGCGAAAGCGCAUCGACCAUCACUCCAAAGUGUACGGUACGAUGUACGCUAAAGUAACGGAGUGUGUGCUGUUUCACAAGGACAUCUUAAGCUUCGGUGAUGAAGUGCAGGACAUUUUCCAAGGAUCUAUCUUCGCGCAAGUAUGCGCGUCUGUAAUUAUCAUUUGUAUGACACUGCUGCAAGCUACCGGGGACGAUGUUACGAUGGCCGAUCUGCUGGGCUGUGGGUUCUAUUUACUAGUAAUGACAUCACAAGUGUUUAUUUUCUGUUACGUUGGGAAUGAAAUCUCCUACACGACGGAUAAAUUUACAGAGUUUGUUGGGUUUUCCAACUACUUCAAGUUCGAUAAGCGUACCAGCCAAGCAAUGAUAUUUUUUCUGCAAAUGACUCUUAAAGAUGUUCACAUCAAGGUGGGAAGUGUCUUGAAGGUUACGCUAAAUCUUCACACAUUUUUGCAGAUUAUGAAGCUAUCGUACUCCUAUCUGGCCGUACUUCAGAGCAUGGAAUCAGAGUAAUGGUGUUAAUAUCCUUAAUGUUGAAGUAAUAUUUUGUUAGAUUUAUUGCAUAAAGUAAUAUUUAAUUUUAUACGUCAAACGUAAGCCCGCUAGUUUUCAGUUAGCCCCUUUUCCAUAAUUUAUCAAAAUAGUUUAAAUUGAUUUCGAAUUGAUUUCAGAGUUUUAGGAGUUUAAUCUGAUAGGAUAUCAUGUAUAUCCAAUAGAGGUGUGGAAGCGUUCCCAAGUCGUUCGUUUGACAGUUUAUAGCACCGUCGAUCUAUUGAUCGCUUUGAUCGCUAAGAGCACCUGCUUUUAUCUUUAUCUCGAACCUGUUAUGGCAAGGGCGCUUUUCACACGGGUUGACAUUCCUCGACAACAUUCAGACAUGUUAACAAGAGGGCUUAAUUAACCAUCGUUUUAUGCAUAAUGCAUUCUUACUUCAGCUUUUUUGUUACAUAUAAAACCAAAAUUAGACAUUUUUAUUCUCACGCAACGAUUAGAGGAUGACGUCUUAAAGGUCCAUUUAGUGGUCGAAAGAACAUAUAAUUCUAUCUCUCUAAA